UCGUGUCGAUACGGUCUUGCCGUGUCUUAUUAGUCGAGUAACACAUUGAGUGUGAAGAUACAAUGAUUAAGAUAAAUCGUGGAUAAUCAUUAUCAACGUUUUUUCGAUAGAUCUGUCGCGACGUGUUUGUGAGCGCGCGUGCGCGUGAGUGCAAACGAUAAAAUAAGGUGGAAGGUAUUGCUUCCGUUGGUUCUAUAAGAGAAGAUUCUUUUUUCUUCUCUCCCCACUCCUCGAAAAAAAAAGAAAAGGAAAAAAGAUAUAGGAGAAUUUUGCGUGAUAUUUAUUUAUCGCGAUUAGAUAUAAGAUGAGGGUGAAGACCGUACCGAGACACAUGAUCGUUCAAAAUGACUUAAGUGCCACAUCGAGCUCCGAAAAUGCGAAUUCCUUGAAUUCAAUAGAAAAUAAUCGAGAGGAGAAUGUAAUUUCGAGCGAUUCUCUGAGAAUGAAAGACGUGUCAGAAUUGAGAGAGUCGAACGAAACGUUCUUCGUGGACGCGGUGGCUGGCCCAUCGUCUUGUCAAUGUUUCAAAUGGUACACCAUAGAAGAAACGAAACCGUUCCCGAUCGAGGACGAGAAGAACGACCUCGAAGUGAUAGAUCUAUCGAUUCGCGAUUGUAACCUUCAAUCCGUUGGAAAUGUUAAAGUUAAUGAAAAUGAAGAGAUGGAUGGUUACGAAAAUGUCGAUGAUCCUACGUAUUCGUCGUCGAUCGAUCCGGACGAUAAAUUAAAGGAUACCUUUCUUUAUAAGAUCAUGACUGAUCCAACAUUUUUAGAGAAUAUUCAAAAGAACAAGCAACAGCAGCAACAACAGCAGCAACAGCAACAGCAACAGCAACAACAGCAGCAACAGCAACAACAACAACAAUAUCAAGAAGAACAACAACAGCAACAACAACAACAACAACAACAACAACAACAACAACAACAACAACAACAGCAGCAGCAGCAUCAUCCACAGCAAUUGAAAAAACCGAUAUGUCCUUUUUGUCACGACGAAUUCUCAAAUUAUUUCGAAUUAAGCGAACACAUGGACGGUAAGAUCGACGAGACAACUCAGAUCGUUUGUUGCGUCUGUAAAAAGAGUUUUGCACGCAAGAGGUAUUUACGUUAUCAUCAGAAAUGCCAUUUGGAAAGGACCAAGUUCACGUGCGACAUUUGUACGAAAAAGUACACGAGGUUAGACAAUCUUACGCGUCACAAUACUUUUCACGUGAAUCCAGAUAAAUUUCCAUGCACGUCCUGCGAGAAGACGUUCGCACGUAAGGAUCUUCUUAACAAGCAUUUAAAGUGUCACGAGAACAGGCAUCGUUUUUAUUGCGAGGAAUGUGAUAAAUACUUUAAAGGUCAAGUGACCUUGGAUAAUCAUAGAAAAUUUCAUCACGCCGACAUCGAAAAAUUCUAAAAAUUUCGAAAGACGUAAAACGCUUGUCGAUGCGAUUAAAUUAAAAUUUGUCAUGGUCUCACAAACCUCUAUCUCAACAUUUUCACGACAUUUUUUGUAAUCCACGUUUCGUUUCUCUCUCUCUCUCUCUUUCUCUUUCUAUUGUUACCUACGAUUUCGUAAAAACUAUUUAAAAUUUUGACGCAACUUGAUCAUAGAAACAAUAAGGAAUAUUACA